UUCGCAUUAAUAUACUGCUAAAUAGUUGCAAGUGCAGUGCGUUAAAAGAAACGCUGAAAAACUUCGAAGAAAACUUAGCUGUUGCUGCAGCUGUUGUGAUUUUCAAAAUUCGGUUUGAUUCGGAACAGCGCAAUAGCAACAACAACAAAACAGCAAACAACAACAACAAGAAAAUCAGCAACAACAACAACUAAGUAUCAGUUGGUUGUUGGAGCGCCAAAGUUAAACAAAACAUAACUCUCCAAGUCGUGCUUAACAGGCCACAGCUAUGGACUCGGAUAACGACAAUGACUUCAUGGACAAUGUCGACUCCGGCAAUGUCUCAUCGGGCGACGAUGGUGACGAUGAUUUUGCCAUGGAAGUGGAUAUGCCCAGUACAACCGAACGGUCGCUGGACGCUGAUGAUUAUCAAUAUAAGGUGCUAACCACAGACGAAAUAGUCCAACAUCAGCGCGAGAUAAUUGAUGAGGUUAAUCGUGUGCUAAAGCUCUCCACGCCCACAAUAAGAAUACUGCUGAAUCACUUCAAGUGGGACAAGGAAAAGCUCUUGGAGAAAUACUUUGAUGGCAGUGAUGAUAAUAUAGAAGAGUUCUUCAAAUGCGCACACGUUAUAAAUCCAUUUAAUAAACCAGCCGAGGCGGUGCAGCAAAAGACUACGCGGAGCCAGUGUGAAGACUGCGAGAUUUGUUUCUCAUUGUUGCCGCCAGAUUCCAUGACUGGCUUGGAGUGUGGGCAUCGCUUCUGCUUGGCCUGCUGGCGCGAGUAUCUCACAACGAAAAUCGUUACAGAGGGACUGGGCCAGACCAUAUCGUGCGCCGCGCACGGCUGUGAUAUAUUGGUGGAUGAUGUGACCGUUACAAAGCUGGUGCCCGAUGCACGGGUUAAAGUCAAAUAUCAGCAGCUAAUCACCAAUAGUUUUGUCGAGUGCAAUCAGCUGCUGCGCUGGUGUCCGUCCGUUGAUUGCACCUAUGCGGUCAAAGUGCCGUACGCCGAGUGCCGCUGCGUGCGCUGCAAGUGCAGCCAUGUGUUUUGCUUUGCCUGCGGCGAGAACUGGCACGAUCCGGUGCAGUGCCGCUGGCUGAAGAAGUGGAUCAAGAAGUGCGACGAUGAUUCAGAGACGUCCAAUUGGAUUGCGGCCAAUACCAAAGAGUGUCCCCGUUGCAGUGUGACCAUUGAGAAGGAUGGCGGCUGCAAUCACAUGGUCUGCAAGAAUCAAAAUUGCAAACAUGACUUUUGCUGGGUCUGCUUGGGCUCCUGGGAGCCGCACGGCUCCUCCUGGUACAAUUGCAAUCGCUACGACGAGGACGAGGCAAAAGCAGCACGCGAUGCACAGGAGAAACUGCGCUCCUCGUUGGCAAGAUAUUUGCAUUACUACAAUCGUUAUAUGAACCACAUGCAAUCGAUGAAGUUUGAAAAUAAAUUAUAUGCAUCGGUUAAGCAAAAGAUGGAGGAAAUGCAACAGCACAACAUGUCGUGGAUCGAGGUGCAAUUCUUGAAAAAGGCUAUUGCAAGGCCAUUGGCCAUUUAA